GCAAGACGUCCCUGUCGGGUGGCGUUGACUGCUGCCUGGGCUCCGGCACCGAACGCUUAGUUCAGAGGAGGCGCCCGCGAUGAAGACACCGUGGAAGGUUCUCCUGGGACUGCUGGGUGCUGCUGCGCUUGUCACCAUCAUCACCGUGCCUGUGGUUCUGCUGAACAAAGGUACAGAUGAUGCUGCAGCUGACACUCGCAGAACUUAUUCUCUCAGUGAUUACUUGAAAAAUACUUUGCGAGUAAAGUCCUACUCCCUGCGGUGGAUUUCAGAUCAUGAAUAUCUCUACAAGCAAGAAAAUAAUCUCUUGCUAUUCAAUGCUGAAUAUGGAAACAGCUCCAUUUUCUUGGGGAACAGUACAUUUGAAGGCUUUGGACAUUCUAUAAGUGACUAUUCAGUGUCUCCUGAUGGACUGUUCAUGCUCUUAGAAUACAACUACGUGAAGCAAUGGAGGCAUUCCUAUACUGCUUCAUAUGAUAUUUAUGACUUAAAUAAAAGGCAGCUGAUUACAGAAGAAAGAAUUCCAAACAAUACACAAUGGAUUACAUGGUCACUAGAAGGUCAUAAAUUGGCCUAUGUUUGGAAAAAUGACAUUUAUGUUAAAAUUGAACCAAAUUUACCAAGUCAGAGGAUUACAAGGACUGGGAAAGAAGAUGUAAUAUAUAAUGGAAUAACUGAUUGGGUUUAUGAAGAGGAAGUCUUCGGUGCCUACUCCGCUCUGUGGUGGUCUCCAAAUAGCACUUUUUUAGCAUAUGCCCAAUUUAACGACACAGGGGUCCCACUUAUUGAAUAUUCUUUCUACUCUGAUGAGUCCUUGCAGUACCCGAAGACUGUGUGGAUUCCAUAUCCAAAGGCAGGAGCUGUGAACCCAACUGUAAAGUUCUUUAUUGUAAAUAUAGACUCUCUCACCACCAAUGCAACUUCCAUCCAAAUCUCUGCUCCUACUUCUGUGUUAACAGGGGAUCACUACUUGUGUGAUGUGACAUGGGCCACACAAGAAAGGAUUUCUUUGCAGUGGCUCAGGAGGAUUCAGAACUACUCUGUCAUGGACAUCUGUGACUAUGAUAAGUCCAACCUAACAUGGAAUUGCUUAUUGGCACAGCAGCACGUUGAAAUGAGUACCACAGGCUGGGUUGGAAGAUUUAGACCUGCAGAACCUCAUUUUACCUCUGAUGGUAAUAGCUUCUAUAAGAUCAUCAGCAAUGAAGAGGGUUAUAAACAUAUUUGCCAUUUCCAAAAAGAUUAUAAUGACUGCACAUUUAUUACAAAAGGAGCCUGGGAAGUCAUUGGGAUAGAAGCUGUGACCAGCAAUUAUCUAUACUACAUUAGUAAUGAAUACAAAGAAAUGCCAGGAGGAAGAAAUCUUUAUAAAAUCCAACUUAAUGAUCACACAAAAGUGACAUGCAUUAGUUGUGACUUGAAUCCGGAAAGGUGUCAGUACUAUUCUGUGUCAUUUAGUAAACAGGCGAAGUAUUAUCAGCUGAGAUGCUCAGGUCCUGGUCUGCCCCUCUAUACGCUCCACAGCAGCACAAAUGAUAAAGAACUAAGAGCCUUGGAAGACAAUUCAGCUUUGGAUGAAAUGCUGCAGGAUGUCCAAAUGCCUUCAAAAAAACUGGACUUCAUUAUUUUGAAUGAAACAAAAUUUUGGUAUCAGAUGAUCUUGCCUUCCCACUUUGAUAAAUCCAAGAAAUAUCCUCUACUGUUAGAAGUAUACGCAGGCCCCUGUAGUCAAAAAGCAGAUGCUGUCUUCAGACUCAACUGGGCCACUUACCUUGCAAGCACAGAAAACAUCAUAGUAGCUAGCUUUGAUGGCAGAGGAAGUGGUUACCAAGGAGAUAAGAUCAUGCAUGCAAUCAACAGAAGACUAGGAACAUUUGAAGUUGAAGAUCAAAUUGAAGCCGCCAGACAAUUUUCAAAAAUGGGAUUUGUGGACACUGAACGAAUUGCAAUUUGGGGCUGGUCAUAUGGAGGGUACGUAACCUCAAUGGUCCUGGGAUCGGGGAGUGGCGUGUUCAAGUGUGGAAUAGCAGUAGCACCUGUGUCACGAUGGGAGUACUAUGACUCAGUAUACACAGAACGUUACAUGGGUCUCCCAACUCCAGAAGACAACCUUGGCCAUUACAGGAAUUCAACAGUCAUGAGCAGAGCUGAAAAUUUUAAACAAGUUGAGUACCUCCUUAUUCAUGGAACAGCAGAUGAUAACGUUCACUUUCAGCAGUCAGCACAGAUCUCCAAAGCCCUGGUGGAUGCUGGAGUGGAUUUCCAGGCAAUGUGGUAUACGGAUGAAGACCAUGGAAUCGCUAGCAGCACAGCACACCAGCACAUAUACACCCACAUGAGCCAUUUCAUAAAACAGUGCUUUUCUUUACCUUAGCACCGCAAAGCAGCAUGAUGCUUACAGCUUAUUAAAAACAUAUUUGUUCUCAUUGUCUCAAAACUGCACUGUUAAAAUGAUGAUCUUUAAAAAAUAACACUCAAAUCAAGAAAUCUAAGGUUACCUUUGCUCCCAAAUUUCAUACCUAUAAUCAUGAGUGAAAACUUCUGUCUUCACAACAGAUUAUUACCUUAUAGCAAUUUAGGUUGUUCAGUCUGAUUUUGUUUAUCAUUUAAAUCUUUUCCACAUUAGCUGCUAAAACAACAAAUAUAAAUUAUUUUUGUGAGAGCUUUGCAUAGAGCAGUGUUUCAAUUUUUUCUACUAGACUAGUCCAAAUCUUGUUCUCUUCUCUAAAGGGAUGACAAGACAUGGGCAAUGAUGUCAUUAGGGCAGGGACAAGAGAGAAGGGUCUAGGGAAAGGAGAGAGAAGGGCAUGGUUAGAAACUGACGUCCAGGCAUACCCACCACAUCAGGCUACUGUCUACUCCCCUCAAAGACAAGCUUCUCACAGCCAGACUGUCAGUUUUCUGAGAAAGACCAUUCAAACAGUCUCAGGAAAUCAUAUAUGCAAAGCACUGACUUCUAAGUAAAACCACAGCAGUUGAACAGACUCCAAAGAAAUGCAAGGGAAACUGCCAGCAAGUAAGGACCCCAGGUGCCAGUUAUGGCUAUAGGUGCUACAAACACAGCAAGGGUGACAGGAAAGCAUGGUAAAUGUGCUUUUAAAAGACACUGUUUUCUAGUGAAAUGAGGCCACUUGGAACUUGAGAUGUGAACACAUCAGCCUGCCCUGUUAAAGCUGAAAAUAUUUGUAUUACAAAUGCUGACUUGAAGUCCUUACAUCAGUUUUUCUUAUUUCAUUUAUUUGAGCAUUUUAAUUAAAAUAUUUUAACUUCUUUGGAUUUAUUCUUUUUAAAUGGAGAAUAAACUAUAAUGAACUAUUAUUUCCCUUGUACAUACUGUGAAGUUUUUCCUGGUGAAAAAUGACCUUCAUUUUU